GGAGGGCACUGGUGUGCCGGGGAGGCUGAAUCACUGUGAUCAUGGAUCUGAAAUGCUUUCUGUUAGUGACUCUUCUGGUGCUUGGUGUAGUAACAAUAAAUGCUCAUGAUCAUCAUGACCACGACCAUCACGACCAUGACCAUCACGAUCAUGACCAUGAUGACGAUAAUGGGCUGGACAUUGAUGAUGACCUAGAAGAGCCUGAAGAAUUAAAGCCGGAGACCAGCAUGCCGCCUCCUGCUCCCAAGGUGACUUACAAAGCCCCGGUCCCAACAGGAGAAGUCUAUUUUUCAGAAUCAUUUGACAAAGGAAGUUUGGACGGGUGGAUUCUCUCCAAGGCCAAGAAAGACGACACAGAUGAAGAGAUUGCCAAAUAUGAUGGUAAAUGGGAAGUCACAGAAAUGAAAGAUACAAAGCUCCCAGGGGACCUGGGCCUUGUCCUAAUGUCACGUGCAAAACACCAUGCAAUUGCCGGCAAACUUCAGAAGCCCUUUGUCUUUGAUAAGAAACCUUUAAUUGUACAAUAUGAAGUUAGUUUUCAAAAUGGAAUUGAAUGUGGGGGUGCAUAUGUGAAACUACUUUCCAAAACUCAAGAACAGAAACCGGAGCAGUUUCAAGAUAAAACACCCUACACGAUCAUGUUUGGCCCUGACAAGUGUGGAGAGGAUUACAAACUGCAUUUUAUUUUCCGGCACAAGAACCCAAAGACGGGUGAAUAUGAAGAGAAACAUGCAAAACGACCAGAUGCAGACCUAAAAUCUUAUUUUACAGAUAAGAAAACUCAUCUUUACACCCUAGUCCUAAAUCCUGAUAACAACUUUGAAAUCCUGGUUGAUCAAACUGUUGUAAACCGUGGGAGUCUCCUAAAUGACAUGAGCCCUCCUGUGAAUCCCCCUAGUGAGAUAGAAGAUCCAGAGGAUAGUAAGCCUGAAGAUUGGGAUGAGAGACCAAAAAUACCAGAUCCCGAUGCUGUGAAACCUGAUGACUGGGAUGAGGAUGCUCCUGCCAAGAUCCCAGAUGAAAAUGCUGUCAAACCAGAAGGCUGGCUGGAUGAUGAACCUGAAUACAUUUCUGAUCCUGAUGCAGAGAAGCCAGAGGACUGGGAUGAAGAUAUGGAUGGAGAAUGGGAGGCACCACAAGUGGCAAAUACUAAGUGUGAGUCUGCUCCUGGUUGUGGAGUCUGGCAGCGACCCACUAUUGACAAUCCCAUGUACAAGGGCAAAUGGAAGCCUCCAAUGAUUGAUAAUCCAAACUAUCAGGGUAUAUGGAAACCAAGAAAGAUCGCAAAUCCAGAUUUCUUUGAAGAUCUGGAACCAUUCAGGAUGACUCCAUUCUACGCAAUAGGCCUUGAACUGUGGUCUAUGACCUCCGAUAUUUUCUUUGAUAAUUUUAUUAUUUGCUCAGAGAGAAAUGUGGCUGAUGACUGGGCUAAUGAUGGAUGGGGCCUAAAAAAGGCAGCUGAUGGAGCUUCUGCGCCUAGUGUGGUGGGACAAAUGAUAUCUGCUGCAGAGGAAAGGCCCUGGCUCUGGAUUGUUUAUAUUUUGACUGUGGCUCUGCCAGUUUUUCUGGUUAUACUCUUCUGCUGCUCUGGAAAGAAACAGCCAUUGGAUGCAGAACACAAGAAGACUGAUGCUCCACAGCCUGAUGUAAAAGAGGAGGAGGAGGAGGAAGAGGAGGAGGAAGGAAAAGACAAUAAGGCUGAAGAGGAAGAGGAUACUGAAGAAAGUGGAAAGCAAAAACCAAAGCAGGAUGAAGAAGAAGGGAAAGAAAGCCAAGAUGAAGAAGAGGCAGAAGAGGAGGCAAAAGAGGAGAUCAAACCUAAGGAGGAUGAAAUUAUAAACAGAUCUCCAAGAAAUCGAAAACUUCGAAGAGAUUAAGAAAGCAAAUAUAUUAAAAAUCCACCAAUGGACUUGAACAUUUGGCAGAAGUUAAUAUAAAAAAAAAGCUUUGUUUUUACAGAGAUAAAAGAAAACUAUCCAGGAACGUUGCAACACUGAAGCCACAAGACAUUGUCACCCACAAGUCGCAGCAGAGAACUUGCGUCAUUAAACUAUGUGUCUAGAUUUAUAAAACCCAAAAGCAUCAUUCCUAUAAUCUAAAUGCAUUUAACACUAGUUGACUUUUUGGUGGGAUGUGCAGUGUAACAUGAAGAACUAACUGUACUGUUCAUUUUUUUUGGUAUUUCUUUUUUUUUUUUUUUUUUUUUUUAUUAAAACUUUUUAAAAGGAGAAGAAAUCUAGUAUUGCCAAACUCUUCCAUUCUUCAGUGUAAUGAAAUGUAUUAAUCCUAGAAAAUAAAUUCAGAAGAGAGCUUUAGGAGAUGUUAGAUCUAAAAUGCAUUUUUCUUUAAAUUUGUUAUUGGCUGCUUGGUUUGCUGAGAACUCCUUCCAAGUUUAAAGUAACCCAUUUUGCUGUUCACAGAAUAUUUUUUUUUUUUGUUUUACUCCCUGUUCCACACAAGUAUUUACAAUACAUGCUUUGGUACUAGAGAGCAUGGUCAGUAGUCCUGACAACAUGCAUGCUGUCCCUGGUUACUGUUAAGCUGCCAGCACUUGAAGUCUUUAUGGACCACCCAGUAAACGGAUGUAUCGGAUACCUCUUUAUUUACAUGUGUGUUCCCAAGUGUAAAUAGAUUCAUAUAGAACUUUUGCUUAGUGUGCAUAAUGCUUUCUACAGAAAUUGACAGUUCCUGUUUUUUUUUUGUUUUGUUUUUACUGAAACUGUAACUGUUCCUACAUCUUUAUUUAAAGCAACUUUGCUGUUUAA